AUGAAUAUGACUGAUGAUAGAGAAGAGCGUUUUUAUAAAGCAGUUACAUGUUUAUUACUUGGAAUUGAAUACUUACCAAAUCUAAAAAAUAUUUAUUAUUUAAGAACCAGUUCUGGACAACAUAGAAAUAAUUUUAUGCGAAAUAAUUUUUUUAAUGCUAGAGAGAGGCAAUAUUAUCAAAAAAAUUACUACAAUUUUAAUCCAAGAAGAGGAAAUUACGAAUUUCCAUAUAUUAACAGAAUUAGAAGAAAAAACAAUGAACAUUAUGACUAG